CUACAUAAUGUGCAUUGUUAAAAUUCAAAUUUCUCGUGGAGAGCCAAUUGAGGUGUAUAUAAGAGUGAGAGGUAUCGCGCUUUUAUCGUUCCCGUAUUCUCUCAUCUAAUCAAAAGCUUAAGCAUCUAUCUUGCAACUAGAUUGAGAUUCCCACCCCUCAAGCGAAAACACCUUGAAAGCUCACCAAAACAACCCAAAUCAUAAAAGAUGGUUGUCGUUGAUUUCGACGCCUCGUUUACCAAAGAAUGGCACCAACGUCUUUACCCAGCCAUUGAGCCAACCAACCCCCUUCUCGCCCAAACAGGAAAAGUGGUUUUCAUCACCGGUGGUGGAACCGGAAUUGGCAAAGCAAUAGGAGAGGGCUUCAUAAAAGCAGGAGCUGCUGGAGUAGUUAUCAUCGGACGUCGAGAAGCCGUCCUGAAAUCCGCUGCUGAGGAACUCACCAAACUCGGCAACGGCAAAACUAAAGUUACAUACGCCGUAGCUGAUAUCCUGAAUGAGGCAGCAGUCAACAAGGCUUUCACCUCGGCCAUUGCAGAUCAUGGAAAGAUUGAUGUCUGCGUCGCCAACGCGGCCUUCUUCGAAACAGGCAAGGCGAUCGCCGAUUAUGGUGUUGAGGAGCUAUGGGAAGGCAUUGAAGUCAACAUCAAAGGUCUCAUCAUCACAACUCUCGCCUUCCUUAAGGUCUCCAAGCCAGGAGCUACGUUCAUCAAUAUUUCUUCCGCGGCAGCCUUUUUCCCUCACGUUCCCAAAAUCUCGGUUUACGCCUCCUCGAAGGCUUCCGGACUGAAAUUCGUCGAAUAUCUUCAGCAUGAGAGACCGGAGCUGCGGGUUUUCAACCUUCAGCCCGGACAGAUCCUCACUGAUAUUUUCGUUAGGUCGAAGUUUCCUCCUGAGAACAUCGACGAAGCUGGUAAGUGAUAUCCUGCUAAUUCGUGUCUGGCAACAAGUUGAUGCUGAUUUUUCAUUUAGAACUCCCUGGAGGCUUUGCUGUUUGGUUAGCGACUCCCGAAUCGGAGUUUUUGCGCGGACGGUUUGUGUUUGCCAAUUGGGACGUAGAUGGGUUGAAGGCCAGAGCUGAGGAGAUCAAGGCGAAGAAUCUCUUGACUUCUGAUCUAAGAGGAUGGACUUCAGGUCCUCCUGCUUAG